GAGCAACAGGUAUUCAGUCUUCAGCGAGCUACAGGAGCAAUAUGAAGUGCCACCAGCCAGCAGAAGACCCGGUGCCACUAGACAGCAGCAGCCAGGACCAUCGCCCUCCCGAAGCGAGACUCAGCAUACGGGCUGUCCAGGUCGGACAGUGGCUGAUCCGGAUUGCUACGGAGCCACUGACACGCCGAGGACCACCGCCCAAAUUGCGGCCACCCGCCCACCGACCGACGACCGGAGCGGAUCUGAGCAUGGUCACCACCACCGCCGAGCAGAUACGACAAGCGACCGUACUGCCGACACCACCUCCGUCGCCACCGCGCAGACCAAAGAGUCAAGCAACCGUGGGUCUACCGGCGCUCGGCCGAAGCGAGGCACCCGGCACAUCAGGAAUGCCGAUCCUUCUCCCGGAAACACCCGGAACAAGCCAGCCGAGGAGGAGACCGCCCGCCCGAAAGCGUCCAGCCGCGGCCGAAGGUCCAUCACCCGGUGGAAAACGGCAGCCAGCCAAGAGACGACCACAAGGCGACACACCGCAGGCCAGGCAGCCCGCUCCCGCCGCAGCAGAUGUGGCUCACCGGCCCCUCCGUCUCAACAGAGGCGUACAAACGGAGACGCAGCCGAUCGAACAACAACCGCACGCCGAAGCACCACGACCAAGGAGGCCGCCCGGGAAACCCGUUCCUAUGGACGUAGGAGCAGCGCACCGGCCCACAGUGGUCCAAAUCGAGAAAUUCAGUGACAUUUCAUGAAAAAAUCAACUUUCUAAUAUGAAUACCUACCUGGUACACAUUGAUUCCUAAAUGUCCACUGAUGUCGAAAAUGAAAAAAUUAAGAAAAUAUAGUACCACUUUUGAAUGAUAUGAGCAUUCAAAGUUGGAUAUUUUAAAAGUACAAUUGUCCGCCCGAAAAAUCGGGUCUUUUUGUUGAAGAUUUUCUCAAGGUCUAUUUUAAUAUUUUGCCUUUAUUUUUUUUUUCUUAAUAAAGAGCAUUCUUUCUACAUUAGAAAUAUGCCCUCCGUUAAUAGUUACUGUACAUAGUGCCUUUAGGACAUAGCGUUAAAUGAAACGAAGAAAAUUCUUAAGAAUCGUUACAAUUAGCAGGUCAGAUCUUUCAAGUCCCAAGGAGUCCCAGUAUGUAACAAAUUGGAAUGUUUUCAGUAGAUCUUCUUCUUUAUAAUCAUAUAAAAACUGUUUCCCCCCUCGUGCCACUGUUGAAAUUAUCACUAUUUGAAGUUGAGCGUGGCAUGUCAUUUUACGCGUAUGCGUUUGCAUCCGCUAUGGAA